AUGAUUCUUCUCAUUGUACUUACAAUCUUAAUAAUCUUCAUCUUCAAUGAAUUCUUCUGGAAAAGAAGACCUUAUCCGCCAGGACCUAUGCCUCUUCCUAUAGUGGGAAACAUGAAUGAAAUUGCUAAAAUUGAACCGGGCUACGAUGCAUUUCUUAAAUGGAGGGAUAUUUACGGUCCUGUUUAUACAGUUUGGCUUGGAGUAGAACCAGUUGUUGUCGUUGCAGAUUAUCCAACUAUAAAAGACAGUUUCAUUCGUGAUGGAGAAGUAUUCCAAGACAAACUCAAGUUUGAAAUGUAUACAGAUUUAUUCAGAGAUGGUCAAUAUGGUGUUAUGGAUGUUAGUGGUGAUGUUUGGAGAAACCAUAGACGGUUCGCCAUAACGCAGUUGAGACAUUUGGGAUUAGGAAAAAGCGUGAUGGAGGAGAAGAUUUUACUGGAAGUACAAGAAAUGAUCAAGAGCAUUGAUCAGAACGGACCCAUUGUUCCAAAUACGCAGAAAGUGUUCGACGUUGCUGUAGGCUCAAUCAUCAACCAGUUGCUCUUCAGUGAACGCUUUGAUGAUUCGAGGGUUGAGGAGAUGCUCACAUUGAGAGGACUCAUUCAAGAUCAGAUGCGUUGGUUUGGAGAUCCAACUUUCUAUUUGAUUACAACGUUCCCAAAGCUGCGAUUCCUUCCAUAUUUUAAAUCAGUCUAUGCAGAGGUCUUCAAGCUUCGUGAUACUGUCUUUGGAAAACUACAGAAGCAAAUCGAUGAACACACCAAAGUGAUAAAAACCAGGUCUGGUUAUGAAGAAGCAGUUGACUAUGUUGAAGCUUACUUGCGGGAACAACAAAAACGAGAAGAAUCGGGCGACGUUGAUACAUUCAGCGACAAACAAUUAUUGAAUAUGUGCUGGGAUUUAUGGGUAGCUGGGCUAGAAACUGUAGCCAACACCCUGGCUUGGCUCUCUAUUUACUUGAUAAACCAUCCACACGUUCAGAAAAAAUUGUAUGCUGAGUUGGAUAGAGUAAUAGCUUCGGACAGACUGAUAGCUAUGUCGGAUAAGAACUUGCUACCUUAUACGAACGCCGUUAUAAAUGAAGCUCAACGCCUGGCGAACCUCCUUCCUAUCAAUCUUAUUCAUACGGUCAAUAAGGAUUAUAAGAUUGGUGACCAUGUGAUACCUUCUGGAACAGGUGUUAUUGCUCAAAUAUCUACAGUUCUUUAUGAUGAAAAAUUAAGAGAAGCAUGGAACUAUUCUGUUCAUCACUUUGUCUUUCAGGUUUUCCCGAACCACAUGGAGUUCAUUCCAGAGAGAUUUCUAGAUGAGGACGGCAACAUUAAGAAAGUUGAUGAAUUGAUACCUUUUUCUGUCGGGAAGAGACAAUGCUUAGGAGAGGGAUUAGCAAAAAUGGAACUGUUUCUAUUUGUGGCCAACUUGUUCAACCAUUUUUCGAUCGAGAAGAAUGAUGAAUGUCCUUCCAUGGAGAAAACGUUUUCAAUGACAGUAGCUGCCAAGAAAUUUUCUUGCAAGCUAGUAAGAAGAAAAUGA